CCGAACUCCUAAUCGAGGGUCCCGCUGAAGGAAGACGCGUAAAUGUGUGAGCGACACGCAAAUAACUCCGCGAGGGCAACACUAGCCCUCCCCUGAAGAUGUGCACAGCGUCCCACAACAGAUAGAAUCAUAUAAAAGUUAUACAAAGAAUCCAAGAUGGCGGAGGGACCACAGACGAUAUGGCAGAAGAUCGACAACGCGGUUAUCCCCAUGGUGAACCUCGAGGUGCGGGAGGUGCGCGAGAUACUCUGGGAGAAGAUCAAGGAGCCGACCUCGCAGAGGAAGAUCAUCCUGGUCAUCGUGUCGAUAGCGCUGUUGCUCGACAACAUGCUGUACAUGGUGAUCGUGCCCAUCAUCCCCGACUACCUGAGGUAUAUCGGCGCGUGGGGCGAGGCGGGCUACGACCACGUAGUCACGCUGGCACCCUACAGGGAGGGCAAUAGAACCAUCACACCGACCAAAAUCAUCCCAGCAUCACACGAGGGCCAAGACUCAGCCACAGGUGUCUUGUUCGCCUCUAAAGCUAUCGUGCAGCUCAUGAUCAACCCAUUCUCUGGUGCCUUAAUCGACCGCAUCGGGUAUGACGUACCCAUGAUGAUCGGACUCAUCAUUAUGUUCCUCUCCACAUCGAUCUUCGCCUGCGGUCGGAGCUACAGUAUGUUAUUCUUCGCGAGAAGUUUGCAGGGCGUAGGGUCUGCGUUCGCGGACACUUCAGGCCUGGCGAUGAUUGCUGAUAGGUUUACUGAAGAAAAUGAAAGAUCUAAAGCCCUUGGUAUUGCCUUGGCCUUCAUCAGCUUUGGUUGCCUUGUUGCUCCACCAUUCGGAGGCGCUUUAUACCAAUUUGCAGGAAAGGAGGUUCCAUUUUUAAUUCUUGCAUUAAUAUCAUUGAUGGACGGGUUUAUGCUGUUGCUUGUAAUGAAACCACUGAAGACGCAGCUGAAGGAAGCUAGAGAGCCCAAGCCUCCCAGCACUCCCAUCUGGAGGCUUUUGAUGGAUCCUUACAUCGCUGUCUGCGCGGGCGCCCUGAUGAUGUCCAACGUUGCGUUAGCAUUCCUGGAACCAACCAUUUCACUUUGGAUGGAGGAUAAUCUUACCAAAGACAACUGGAAGAUUGGUAUGAUUUGGUUGCCAGCUUUCUUCCCUCACGUGCUUGGUGUCAUCAUUACCGUAAAGAUGGCAAGAAAGUAUCCCCAGCAGCAGUGGUUGAUGGCAGCCGGAGGUCUCGCGCUGGAAGGCCUGUGUUGCUUCAUAAUACCUUUCGCGAAUUCAUACAAAAUGUUGAUGAUCCCCAUCUGUGGCAUUUGCUUUGGAAUCGCCCUCAUUGACACAGCCCUACUACCAACACUCGGGUACUUGGUGGACGUGAGAUAUUCAUCUGUGUACGGGAGCAUCUACGCGAUCGCAGACAUAUCAUACUCCUUCGCUUACGCCGUCGGACCAAUCAUCGCUGGCGAAGUGGUCGAAGCUAUAGGAUUCACAGCUCUGAACUUGUUCAUUGCCUUCAGCAAUCUAUUAUACGCGCCAGUGCUCAUGUACCUCCGUCAUAUUUACGACUUCAAGCCAUUUGAGAAUGAAGCUAAUAUCCUCAUGGCUGACCCGCCAGAUAAGGAGUACCAAACAUAUAGCUUGCAAGAUCAGAGGCCCGUGGACGGCGAGUACAAGAAUCAUCUAGAGUACUCGAACGUGUCCGGUCAGGUGGCUGGCACUGAGGAGUCUAAUAUUGAUGCGGGAGCUGGUGGGUACAAUUAUGACCAGUCGUAUCAAGGUGGGUAUCAAAAUUACAGCCAAGGGUACGAGCAGCAGCAGCAGCCGCAGCAGGGCUACCAGCAGGAGUACCAGGAGCAGUACAGUCAGCAGAGGCAGUUGCCGGCACAGCCGCAGCCUACAGCCAGCAAUCCCUUCAGAGCGGGAGGCGCGCCCGCGCCCGCCCCCGCCCCGGCCCCCGCGCCUCAGCCGACUAUAAAGAACCCCUUCAGGCAAGGCUUCUAAUUCGCUCCAAAAUCAGUGUUGUUGUCGAUAUUUUUGAAUUUACUUGUUGUGUAAUUAUAAAUGUCCUAUUUGGGUAGACGCUAACUGUUAAAUAGAUUUGCGUGCGUUGUGCACUUACGACCAAUGUUACAAAUUCAAUACCUAGGAACAAAAAGCAAGAUUUUUAAAGGUUAUGGUCACUAUAAUAUUUUCUUGUAGGGUUACAAGAAUGUAACCUCAAAAGUAAAGUGUAGCCUCGCAAGCAAAUGUAAGGUGACAGUUGGCACUAGAACUUCGAUCACUGAGCCGUAAUAUAUCGGCGAGUUAUUUAAUGUCAGAUAGAUGUCUAUUACCUAGCUGUGCUUGUAAUGUAGACUAUUUAUCGGGUGAACUAUCAAUGGUUGCUUUGGAUGGCAAUAAGUAACGUUUAAGAAUUGAAUGUUGACAAAGAUGGAAGAGUACGAGGAGAGAAAGGCAGGUACGUUCUCUAAAGAAGUACAUAGUAAAAUAUAAAGUGUUAGUUUUGAGUACAGCAUGAUAACUAAACAACGAAAAGUUGAGGGUAAAAAUCGAUUGCUAUUACGGAAAUUUUAUAACUUUUAUAUGGCACGCCUCAGUAACAUGGCUUGAACGAGUUUAAAAGACUUGAACUCAAGUCUAAGCAUUUUUAACCCAAAAGAACAUUGUUGAAAUUUUAAAAUCAAAUAGUUAAAUUGCCAUGUGAGCUAAACAUAUCACUUAAAUAUUAAGAAUAAAUUAAAUUAUUAAGUAAGCACUACUUUAGUAAAAAAGUACGUGAUAAAGUGAGAUAGAGGUAUCUGUAAAAUGCCAUCUCGCUCGUAAGGUUACAAGUUCGAUAAUGACAUAAUUCUAAGGCAUGUAAGUUGUCACCCAAAAUGGCCAUUGUUGUCACCCGUUGUUUUCUUGUUGAUAUUGUUCUGAUAUAAAUACAACUGUUAUGCCUUCUAAUAGUAUAUAGAAUUAUAUCUGAUGUGAGAAUAUAUAAACUAUAUUAUAAUCUGUAAGGAAAUAAAAGAGUGUGGAAACAUAGCAAACGCUGAAAAAUAUGUACUCUAUGUACCAAAAUUAUAUCGAGGCAAACGUAACCUUAUUUCUACUAAAUUAAGGUUAAAAAUUGGCUACAAAAUAUUUGCAAUUUAUCCAAAAAUUACCGCUUUUGUCGUGUUUCCAUGUUUAACUAAGCUCGGGAAAUAUCGAACCAUGUUUAAUGGAAAACAUAUUCUAACUACAUAUAAAAGUUUUUCCCACAUUAUGUCGCUAAGUAGUCUAGACUAGGUGUAAGGUAGAUAUUUUAAAUCCAGCACAAACACGAUAAAACGCACGUUUAAUGUAAGGGCCUAAAAUAUUAUUUUGUAACUUUUGGCACUUACUACAACACAUCAAUAGUUUGAUCAGAAGACAAAUUAUCAUUAACGUCUCUGUACAAAUUACUAAAGUGGGAUCGUAAAAAUGUUACUGAGACUGUACAUAAUCAUUAUCAUAUCGUAGCAUUAUGAGAACUAGCUCUCUACUCAAUUAUAUCUCACAAUGCGAUGUUACUUAAAGUAUAUUUUUAGAUAUGAUAACAUGUAACUCUCGUUUGCUAUCAGCAAUACUAGUUUAAGCGUAAGUAUCAUCGUAUCUCGCUUCUAUAUCAAUUAAUUCAAUUAAUAUCAAUUAUAAUAUCAAUUAGUGGUAACUUAAGUUAGAAUCAACGUGAUAAGUUGCAACCAAGGUAACGAAACAUAUCAGAAUCUUUUGAUUCACUUAGAGUAAGUAAGCUACUUAUACAUAAUGUAAUGUAAUUAUAAUUUAAAGUAUAUUUUGUGUAAGUAUAUGUACAGGAGUAGUUAGUGUAUCUGUCGUUGACUAUACUGAGGUAGGUAUGUACCGCCGGCACACAGCAAGGGGGUGGCCACUGGACGAGGGAAGGGAAGGGGAAAAGGCAUAACUAUUAAAAGAUUAAAGUCACCAAAAUGUUCGAUUACUCAUAAAUGGGGAAAUGUUAAUUAGAGUUGAAAAUAAUCAAAGCUUAAGAUCAAAUGAUUAAAUGUAAAGAUCAAAGUUUCUUGUGAAGAUGAUAAACAAUUGUAUUUGAAAACAUGAAAUUGAUAAUGAAAGGAGGUGAGUUACAACAUGGAAGUGGAAUUAACGAAAUGGUUUCCAAGGUUUUCGUUAAGACAAACAUUUUGGUGGGAGAAAUCAUGUUUUGCUUGCAAAAACAUGUAAAAGUUUGUUCGACAAUUUGGCUAAAAAAUAUCCCAAAAGAAAUAUGCGUGAAUGAAUUCUAAAAGUGAAAUUCAAAAGCGGAAAGUCCCUGAUAUGAAGAGAAAGUUAAAGUAUCGUGACAAAUGGAAGCCGUCCCUCCUCUCGUCUGUUGGACACCAGUAACAUUUCGCAGACGACUGAGCAACAAGAGUCAAAAUUAAAAGAUAACUAAAAUAAUUGUACAAGAAAACGUGACGAGCCCGACAUGUCAAUUGAGAGUGUAUAAAGUAAAAAGUGAUUAUUGUGAAUAAUAUUCGUUAAAAUUAUUAUUGUCGUAAAAAUUGCUAAGGUUAAUCAGUUGCCGACUCCAAAACUAAACAUCCGGAAUAGUUUUCGAAUUAUUCAAAAAUGGUACUUUCAUUGAAUGAUAAUUUGUGAAUUAGUACCUAGCCUGCAGAGUACAAUAGCGUUCGUAGUGUCAGGAGCACAACUCUUCAUUGUUUCGCACAAAACAUUUUAUACUUUCGACUGUUAGAUUAGAGAGAGGAACUAUUUUUUAGAUUGAAAAGAUGCUUGUGAAGUACAUCGUUAAAAUAAUUUAUUCGUAAAUAAUUUUCACGUGUACGAGGCUCGCUCGAUUAAUUCUGCAUAAAAUAUGUAUUUAUGCUAAUAUCAUGUUUGUGACAGAGUGGAGAUCAAAGGACCUCUCUCGUGAGUACUUGUAAGUUUAGAGUCAAUUUUCGUGUCAAAUUCUCCCGAAAUUCAAUUAAUUAGUAGAUUGUGAGCACAGAGAAGUAAUAUUUAUUGUAUAUUUAAGUAAAUUGCUUUGUGAGUUCU